AUGUUUUGUGGAAAGUUAGAUUCACAAUUUAAUGAAUUUUAUUCUGCAUUUUGGAAAUAUUGUAAUAGUAAUACUCCUGAUCUUUUUAAGCAUUACUGGAAUGAACUAAUUACAAACUACUCAGCUGCAAGACAAUAUCUUCAAAUGCAACUGUAUGAACGACGUAGGUCCUGGGCAUGUGGAUUUACAACAACUUUAUUUAUACUUGGAAUUGAGACAACUUCAUUUGUAGAAAGUCAAAACAUAUGCAUAAAAUAUAUUGUUAAAAGUAGUAAUACUUCUUUAUGUGAACUUAGUAAAGCUUUUAUGGGUAUUUCUAAAGAUAGAAUAAGACAGCAGCAAUAUAAAGAUCAGAUUAGAUUAACGGUUAAUAGUGUAAUGAUAUUUUCAAAAAUUGAAGCACUUGUAAGACACUACCUGUAUUCAAAUGUUGUACUAUUUUUAGUUGAUCAAAUGAAAGAAAGCAUUUUUUAUACAGCUUAUUGUUCAAAUAUUAAUGAAGUUGAGAACAUGCCAGAAAAUGAAUUAUCUAAUAGUAAAAAUUUUGAAGAUGAAAACGAUAGUAUAUAUAUAUAUGCAUAUUUUCUUCUACAACAUUUGAAUCAUGCCAAUAUUAAUGAAGUGGCAAGAUUUAAUAUGCAACUUAUUAAUAUUAGAUGGAUUCCUCAUGAACUUUGUGAAGAUGCAGCAAUUAAAGGUGAUUAUUUUGGGCAAUGGUUUAUUGAUAGCACAGAGAAUAUAAUGAAUAUAAGCGAACCAAAUCAACAUUUUAAAUGGCUUCAACCUUUUAAUGAUAUGAAUAUGCAAGAUAGCACUGAUGAUAGUUUUAUGGAAAAGCAGUUACUAUAUGGAAAAGUAGGAGGAAUUGGUUUAGCUCAACAAACAAAUCAAAAAGGUGUACCAGAUUUGGAUAGCUCCAAUAAAGAGAAUAUGCUUUUAAGUACUUCAUUCAAAAAUUCAUUAAAGGUCACUACAAGAGGAAGUCCAAAAUUUUCAAACUAUCACAAUAAUAAGUAUAAUCAACUACCAACAUAUGAAGCAACAAAUUAUGUCAAGCAAAAGUAUAAUCAACCACCAACACAUAAAACAGCA